AUGCUUGACAGUGUUGGAGAAGAGAGAGACAGGAUUGUUCGCCGGAGGAGCCUCCAGCCCGGAGCGCACGCAUGUUCAGUUGACUCGAAUGGUGUGAAGCCCCAGAUGAGGGACUCAGGCGUCCGGGAAUGACAGCCGCUGUCACUGGGAGUGACAGCUUUCAUUCUAAGCUACUCCACUAAAACCCUCCAGCUGACACCCAACAGUGAUCCGGGUCGGAUCCAGCCCGACCAGGACUAUGCCAGAGAUGGAGAAAGGGAGACCACCGGAAAAUAAACGCAGCAGGAAACCUGCGCACCCAGUAAAGAGGGAGAUCAACCAGGAGAUGAAGACGUUUGCAGAAAGCACCAUGAACGAGCUGCUGGGAUGGUACGGCUACGACAAGGUAGACCUCAGAGACUCGGAGGCCAACGAGAUCAGAAACUACAGAGAGAGACGUCAGCACGUGUCCGUGCUCAAAGAGAACUCAUUGCCAAAACUCAAGAGCCUGGACACCAAAGUCGAUCACUCGGUCCUCGCCAUGAAAGGUGGAGAGAGAGAGUCCUCCAGCGUCCCCUCUUCUUCACCCUCCUCUUCCUCAACAAGUUCAUCCCUGAUCACAUCUAAGGAGCACAAGACUGCUCCUGUCAUUGUACCCCUCAUAAAGCCAUCAGCAGUGGAAGAUGUACAGAAUGUGCAGAUAGUGUGCGUUUGGUGCCAGAAGGAAGGGGUAAAACGCUACUCUCUAUGUAUGGGAUCAGAGCUCAAGAGCUUCUGCAGUGAGAAAUGUUUUGCCGCCUGCAGGCGGGCCUACUUCAAACGCAAUAAGGCACGAGAUGAAGAUCUCCAUGGUGAGAGAUCACCUCAACACCCCCAUACAGAGGACUCGCCCAGACUGGUGUUAAAGAUAAACAGCAAUGUCAGAUCUCUCUCUCCUGUGCCACAGGUAUGUGAUUGGUGCAAGCAUAUCCGUCACACUAAAGAAUACCUGGACUUCGGAUCUGGCGAGGAACGACUCCAGUUCUGCAGCACCAAGUGUCUGAAUCAAUACAAGAUGGAUGUUUUCUAUCGGGAAGCCCGUGCAGCUCUCACCAGCUCCAGCCCAAGCAGAACCAGCCAGGAAGGGAGGGCGGACACCAUUGUGGCUGGGCAAAAGCUACUCACUCCUGAGUCCUGGAGCAGCUGCACCAGUGCAGGAGAAGCUCGUCAUCGAAACCUUUCCCCUAGAGGGCCUACGCCAAACCAUGGAUCAGCAGAAUCCACCUCCAUGUCCCCCUCAGAGGCAUCCUCUUCUAAUUCCAAGAUCCCUAUACCUGGGCUGAGGACCCUGGAGAGGCCCAUCCAGCCUUCUCCCCCUUCUCUGGAGGUGUCCCCCCACCAUACUCCCCUUCAUCCUCCACCUCAUCCUCGCCUCGCUUUUGAACAUCAGCCUCAAAUCCCCAUGUCCUUCAUCAGACCACCUCUUCAUGCUCAGGGUCUGAGAAACCCCCUUUCCCACCCUCCCAGACACCCAGGCCCAUCUUCAAGCCCUAUCCACAGACCUCCUCACUCUCCUCACCUGCAGCCCCCAACCUCUUCCAUGAAUCCCCCUGGAAUGAUGCAUCCCUUCCCAGGAGCCUACUUCCCUGGCUUGCACUCCCCUACUCUGAACAUGAUGCAAAGAGGCCCUGUCCCAAUGCCUUCGAUCAUGAACUAUGGUAUUCCUUCCUUUAGUCCUCUCCUGCCCCAUCCCACUGUCCUGGUACCUUAUCCUGUUAUUGUUCCCAUACCUGUCCCUAUCCCCAUUCCUAUCCCCUUUCCAUUCCCUUCUCAAUCAAACAUAGAAACUCCAAGUCACAGUGGUGUUAUACAGCCUGUGCCAGAGGGGUUAGACAGGAGUAGAGCCAGGGCAACAAGGCCACCAACUCCAGGGAUCCCUGAAGGGGACAGCAGAUUGCUAGCCAACAAAUUGAGUGGAACCUUGCCUCAAUGUCUCCCCUCAACAUGUGACCCCAGCACAGAUUGGGUUAAAUCGGAGAGACCAUUCCCAUCCCCAAUAUCCACACCCCACAGUGGAGCAUCCUCCCCCAGAGUACAGUACAACAAAUCGCCCUGCUCAGCCUCAGGGUCAGAGGGGCUGACAGACUAUAAGCAGCAGCAGCCAGAGAGACAAGUCAUCCAAAGGGUUCUUCAAAGGACCCAAGUGAAACCCAGUGCCAAUGGAGUGGUGGACCUAUCAGGGCUGGGAGAGUCAGAAACUGGGCAGGGUACCAGAUCAGGGCUCCACAACAUCAUCAGACCCACCCUUUAUCUACCACAGUCCCCUUCACAUGACACUGUCUACCACCACCGGGACUGCCACACACCACCUUUACACAACACACCCAGCCCCACGGGUAGCAGCCAUCCAUACGAUGCCACACCCUCUGCCCUGAAAUUUCAGGACUACAGUCCAAAUGCGAUGUCCUCCUCACCCGCCCCUGCCAGUCCGGACUCCUCACUACCCCAUCGAGUACCGGCACCACCCACUGACCCUGCGCUCAGUGAGCUGGAGGCCAUCAAAGAGAACAAAUGCUCUGCUGUUGGCCCAGUGCGGGUUGAGGGCCCAGUUAGCCAGUCAGAAGAGCCCUUAGCAGUAGUGGGGGAGGUAGGAGAGGACCCCCAUGUUCCUGAUGAGGAUCAUGCCUAUGCUCUGCCCACAGCGCCAAAGACAGGUGGGACCACCACCCCACUGCUCUUACCCAAACUCAGAGACAAGGGUAGCCUGCGGAGCCCUGCUAAUACGCCCAGUACUGGAGACAUGGAGCCAGCUCUGAAGAGGCGAUGCCUACGGAUCCGUGAUCAGAAUAAGUAGAGGAUGGAGACGCCCUGUUUAACACUGUACGGCGGUGCCAGAUUCAGUGCCACGCCCUCUUGUGGACAACACCAGUGCUAACAACCUCCAGCCUUUCCCUCAGCCCAGCAGAGUGAUGCUCUGCCGGUAGACCAGCAGGGUGUCAACCCAGGAAGCAGCCCAGAUGGCCAUAUUACCACAAGUCACCAUGGAGGAAGAACACAACUCAGUCACACAUUUUGUCUUGGACCAAAGAGUAUUGCUGGCUAGUGUGUUAUGUUGUGUUCAGUGAGCGCUUGAGCAUCUCAGAUAUAGUCUGACAUUGCCCUCAAGUGUGUCUGUGUGUGUAUUGUGUGGCUGCCCAGAUGCGCUCCUUCUCCUCCUCCUCCUCCUCCUCCUCCUCUUCUGCUUGCUCCGCACAGCAGACAGGCCUCUGAUCAGCCUUGUGUGGUCUUCUCAGAUGGAGCCUGAACAUGAUCUCUUUCCAGGGGAAACGGUUUGUUUUCCCUGCCCGGCUUGCACAAAGAGCCACAUUGUUCCUCUCCCCAUAUCCCACGCUGACUCCCCACUCCAGGUUUUGGGUUACCUGGCCGACGGGGGUUCAGACUUCAGGAGUUUCUUUUUUUUUUUUGACCGGCGGCCAGGAAUAUGGGUAUACCCUUCUCCACCUCGCUGCCCAAUCUAAAUAUGGUACUCUUUAACACACUUGUUCUAAGGCUCAAUUCUUCACAACUGAUUGCCUGUGAUUCCCUCUUCUGCUCACUUCUUUCAAGGGAGGAGAGAAUUCUGCUGAGGUUAAGACUUCAUCAUUGGGCAGUUUAUACACUGUAGAGAGAGCCUGGCUGUGCUGUCAAGACAGACAACUGAGCAGAAUAACUCAAUCUCUGAGGAGAAAGGAUGCUCCCUCUGCCUCUUCUAAAACAAAGUAAAACUACAUAGAAUAUACGAGUGGACACCUACUGAUAGACAGUAGCUGAGAUGGUCUGUGAAUGUCCUGAUGACGUCGGUCCCUCACCCUUCACCUGAUCUGCCAAAACUUUGAUAGAAAAUCUGAAUUUGAAUCACUUUUAGCACCAAGUGCCAUGCACGUUUAAAACCCUGAACCUUCAUGGCACAUGACAGUUUAACUGACUAUUUUUAAUGUCACCGGUUCUGAUCAGACAAUUAAAAAAAAUAUCAGGCUGGUAAUAUUACCAAAUGUGGUAUUAUACUCAACCGUCAAAUGCUGUAGUAUGCAGCGAUCAGUAUUACAGUUCCCGCUGUUGGGGAUGCCCGAUGAGAUUUAAUCCAGAUCACUUCGAGGCUUUGUCAACACUUGUCCCAUUGUAAUAUUUCAGUUUUUCUCAUCGGGCUCUACACAGAUACUGUUUGAUGUUAUAUUAACUUAUGGAUGAUGCAUCUGUAGAUUUUCACAAAAAAGUUCUAUAUUUCUUCAUGUUUUUUCUUUGAUGAUUGUAUUUUGUGAGUGCCGAAGCUCUUAAAUGCCCUUUGUCUAUAUAUACUGUAUCCCCACUAGAGAGCAGUGUUGGCCUUCGUACAUUUGCACCUGCUCAUAGUUGACAAGAAAGCACCAGGAGGCCCAUAAGCAGCCUGCUGAAACCCAUAUGAGUACACGGAACAUAACACUGCAAUCAGUGCCAGCGGACUGAUAUCCAAUGCCAAGUAGAUAGCUUGUCCGCCACAUCUUGCUACCAUUAUUUUCUCUUUACCCACCAUUACAGUAGUGUCAAGAAGGCCCUUCAAAGCCUCUUCUUAAUGAACAGUUCAACAGUCCCCUGGGAUAAGAAAGUCAUCAUGGCCUACUCCUAGAAUAACUACAAAUGUGACCCGGCCCUGCCAUCAUUCCAAAACUCAGUUUGUGUGUGUUUGUGUGUGUGUGUGUGUGUGUGUGUGUGUGCCUACGGCAGCAACACAUUUCCCCCACUCAUUCCAGCCUACAUCUUCACCACAGGUCAUGCCAUUAUGUUAGUGUCAUCCUCGGCUGGCCAGGGGACUUUGGCAGAGAUGACAUCACUCCGUACAAAUAGCUGUGGUGUCAACAAGUGUUCCUCUACUCUGAC